AUGCUGAUCAAGCUGAGGUCACCAGUCACCCUCAACUCUCAAGUAUCUACUGUCCCUCUGCCGCAGUCCUGCCCAUCAGCCGGCACUGAGUGCCUUGUGUCCGGAUGGGGAGCUCUGAAAUUUGGCUCCGAGAGUCCUUCACUUCUUCAGUGUCUGGAUGCUCCAGUCCUGUCGGACUCUGUUUGUCACUAUGCCUACCCACGUAAGAUCACUAACAGCAUGUUCGGCCUUAGCUUUCUGGACGGUGGAAAGGGCUCUUGCCAGUAUGACUCUGGUGGCCCUGUGGUCUGCGAUGGACAAGUCCAGGGCAUUGUUUCCUGGGGUGAAGGCUGUGCUUGGGAAGGGAAACUUGUUGUGUACUCCAAGGUCUGA